UGAAGUUCCUUUCGAUUUGGUCUUUCAAGUAAAAGAAAGAAAGAAUAAUAAAAAAGAAAAGAAAACAAAGGGCCCUCCCUCUUCACGCAUAUCAAAACAGCAAAAAAGAAAAACCAAAACGCAUGCAUUCCUAAUUUUCUCCUUCUCCUUUUAACUUCUUCAUCCUCCCUAUUCUCUCAUUCAUCAUCUCUCUCUAACCUCUCUUCCCAAGGUGGUAGUCCAAUGGCGCUUGAGGGAAUAAACCCAAUACGGCGAACUCUGGUUUGAACUCCGUUGGCCACACAGAUAUGGGCUAUUGAUUUCGGCUCAUUUGAAUGCCCAAGAGAAAGUCUAUCCGUGGGCUGUACCUCCACCCGGAGGUUAGAUAAUAUAGACGCGAUAACAACAACACCAUGGAACCAACUAAUGCCGGUUACUGCACAAACAAUCAAACCGGUUACGGCGUCGUUUCAACGGACUAUUCACCUCCGCUUCUUAACAUGUACGGCGUCUCCUCCACCGUUGAUACUGUUCCGACAACAACCGAUUCAUUCACUUAUUACGGUGCUAAUGUCGACUGUGAUGUAAUCCCUUUACCGAGCUCCAGAGAUGCAACAUCGGAUUACUAUCAUCAGAAUCCUAGAUCAUUAUCGUCGACAAGUGUUCCUCCUACUAAUCCUUUCUCGUUUCUCGGCCAAGACAUCGAUAUCUCCUCUCACAUCAAUCAGCAACAGCAUGAUAUCGAUCGAUUCGUCUCCCUUCACAUGGAGAGAGUGAGAUUCGAGGUUCAAGAGAAGAGGAAGAGGCAAGCGAGAACGAUAAUGGAGGCUAUAGAGCAUGGACUGGUGAAGAGGCUUCGUGUCAAAGAAGAAGAAGGAGAGAGAAUCUGGAAGAUAAACCACGCGCUUGGGGAACGCGUGAAGUCACUCUCCACCGAGAACCAAAUCUGGCGGGAUCUCGCUCAGACCAACGAAGUAACCGCCAACAGCCUCCGCAACAACCUCGAGCAGGUCCUGGCGCAGGUUAAGGACUCUGGCGCAGGAUUAGAUAGCGAUGAUGCGGAGUCGUGUUGCGGGAGUAGCGCGGGUGAAGAAACGGUUAGGCGUAUGGUAGCUAUUGAGGCGCUUGAUAAGGCGGCGAAAGGUAGGAUGUGCAGAAACUGUGGGGAGCAGGAAUCGUGUGUGUUGCUUUUACCGUGCAGACACUUGUGCCUGUGUGGGGUGUGUGGGUCCAGUGUGCACACGUGCCCUAUCUGUAGUUCCCCCAAAAACGCUAGCGUUCAUCUUGACCCCGUUUAUGGAAACUCCUCUUCGUUUUUUUUUGUUAAUGGAAGUUUUUUUUUUUUUUUAAAUACAAUAGUAAGGAAAUUAAUUGAAUUUUUAGUCAACAAAUCAAAACAAGGAGAUUUAUUUCGCUAGUUUUGAGUUAUUUUAUAUUACUAUAUCAUUUAAUUUCAAAACAGAUUUUCAUUAAAAAAUUUCAAACCCAUAAGCUUAAUGAAAAACAAACAGCAAAAGAAAUUAAUCUUGUAACAUACAUACCAUACUUUUUGCUUAUUUUUUAAUAAAAACUUGUAACAUAAAUACCAUACUUGUUUCAUCAUACUGAUUUAAAUUUGUUUAAUUUAGAAUUGUAUAUUAUUAUAAUGGACAAUUUUCUUAAAUAUCCUCUUUUCAAAUUUGUGUCACUAAAAAAAUUUCUAAGGAAAAAAAUGAUCAAAAAGGUUUAUUAAAAGGCAAAAGAAUUUUUUUACUCUUUAUUUUAUAGAUAGAUAAAU